CCAGCUACGCCCCUCCCUUCCCUUCCUCCUCCCCUCCCCCUCCCUCCCAAGAUCCUUCCUCCUUGUGUCCUUCCCCAAACCGCCCUCGCCGCGCUGUCCUUUGUCAAUUACCAAAACCACGAUUUCUAGGCAUUAUUCCACGAAUUAGGAGUGACGCGGCUGGGGACGCGGCUUUAUUCUACACGCGCCGCGUUGGCUCGGCUCGGCUCGGCUCGGCCCCCGCUUCCCGUGCGCGCUCACCGCCCUUUCUUGCCCCAGCAUCCUACCCAACCCCACACAUUCUACCCUUUCCCUUCUGCUUCACAACCGAACAAGGGGUCCUCGGCUCUCUAAUCGUCCCUCCUGUGAUCUUCUAGACCAGUGGCCGUACAAUUGAGUACGUCUGACCAACAGGAGCAGCGACGGUACAGUUAAUGCGUUGCCUCCGUCCGACUCGGAGUGCAGGGGAAUAUCAGCAUGCUGUAUUGACUUCGCCUCAAAGCCAGACUCAGAAAAGCAAUGGUUCGUGUUCGACUCUUUGAUCCAGCGAGCGCCUUUCGAGCUCCACCCCGAUUAGCGUGGAAAAGGGAAGGGGAGAUAUGAGGAGGUGUGGCCGUCCUGUUGUCAGCAGCUACGAUAGUAUGUUUAUAAGUAGACUCAACAACAGACUUCCGUUUGUAGUUGCAGGAGUAAACUUUUGAGUUCCGACUCAAAAGCGGCUACGACAUCGACUCAACAACAGCCUUCUGUUGGUAGUUCGUGGAGUAAAUUGACAGUGGGACUACUGUGUAAAUUGACAUCUACUACGACUUCUAAGAGCUCGUUUCGCUGAUAGCGAACCUCUGCUUACUAGUGAUAUUGACUUAAAAAACCUCUCCGGUGGAAACGCCAUUACUAGCACCGUAGCACGAAGGACACGUCGCACCGUAGCACGAAGCACCGUUUCACGAUGCCGCAUGCUCCGCGAAACGUUGACGCGUCUUUAUUCGCGACCUCCGUCGCACGUCGAGGCGCCAUGGGUUCGGGUCUCGGAGGCGCGUGCUCGGCAGAGGAGAUUAAGGCGAGGCGCAGAACCCAGCAUAGGUCAGAUAGCGGUCCGGCUCUAUCAGCGGCACUAGAAGACUGUGUAACGCGGCGGCAGCGUAGCCUAGGGUCAGAAAGUAGCAACUACGCGACAGCGUUGAAACCAACGGCUACUACGUCAGCUGCCCACGUGCCGCCUCGGCUCCGGGCGUCGCUGGAUGCGGCACGUCCCUCGACUGACGCAGCGCGACUCUCGUUAGAGGGCCUUCCGCUAGAGCCGUCACUAGAAGCACAAGAACAAGAACCUUCGGUACAGUCGCAAGCUGCUGCGUUUGAGUUGAGUCAAUGCCGGUCACCAGAGAUGGCCUUUGACUCGAGUCAACGGACAGACGAGACGACGAGUCGGUGCAGACACAGAGAGGCACGCUGCUCGUAUUCGCAUCCACGUCAGCGUCCACGUCAGCAGCAUACCCAACAACAUCCACGCCAGCAUCUACGGCGGCAACCAGGUCAACAUCCACGUCAGCAGGAGUCUCACCGCUCACAUCACCAUCCCCAUCGCUCUACUACUCCCAAUCAUCCUCAAGCAUCCCUCCGCUCCCUCCGCUCCCACCUCUCCUUCCCCUCCCCUCCAUCCCUCCUCUCCCUCGUCUCCCGCCUUUCCCUCUUCCUCCUCCUCUUCGUGGCCACAUCUCUCUCAAUCUCCUGCCGGCCCGUCGGUGCCACGCGCCCUGAUCCAAUAGGGGCGUCGAAUGCGGCUCAGGGGCUAAUAGGAGCAGUGCAGAGCCCAACGCCAAGUGCGGCGCAGGGGUUGCUGGGGGCAGUGCAGAGCCCAGCGUCGAGUGCGGCUCACGGGCUAAUGGGCGCAGUGCACUCCCCGGCUUCAGCUCGAGGGUUGAGUGCGGCUCAGGGGCUAAUAGGAGCAGUGCAGAGCCCAACGCCAAGUGCGGCUCACGGGCUAAUAGGGGCGGUGCAGAACCCAGCGUCGAAUGCGGCUCACGGGCUAAUAGGGGCGGUGCAGAACCCAGCGUCGAGUGCGGCUCACGGGCUAAUAGGGGCGGUGCAGAACCCAGCGUCGAGUGCGGCUCACGGGCUAAUAGGGGCGGUGCAGAACCCAGCGUCGAGUGCGGCUCACGGGCUAAUAGGGGCGGUGCAGAGGCCGGCUUCAGUAGGAAUGUUGAGUUCGGCUCAAGGGGUUUUCAGAGCGGUGCAGAGGCCGACUGCAGUGGGAGCGGCGAGCGCGGCUCACGCGCUUACGCUGCUGCCUUUGUCGUGCUUCGUGGCUCGCCUGAAGUGUGACUUCGCCUUCAACAAUUCUCUCGGCCUCGUGCCACUCGCCCUGCUCGUCUCCAUGGUACCCAACGUCCCGUUCACCCAGGGCGUGCUGCACACGUAUGUAAUAAGCAGGAAAGGGGCGCCAGUGCUAGCAGGCAAGCUAAAACCAGACUGCAAAGCCGUCAACUUCCUUAAUAUGAAAAUCCGCAAGUGCCCAGCAUUCAUGGUCGUGCCUCCUUCCUCCAAAUUCAACCCAGGGACUCCCAACAUACUGCCCUGCCCUGCCAUCCGCCUUGCCACAACCACCUACAACCUGAAGCGCUUCCCUAUCUACAGCGGUGCGUGCUUCACGGUGCAUUUCUCUCAAUUAACCAUCAAGAUUGGCAGCGGGCCCAAGGGCAUGGUGCGGCUAUCCCCGAAAGACGGCAACACCCAGUUCCCUGAGGCUAGAAGAUGUCUGGUCUUUCGUACACUAUAGAUUACUCUAUUUUGACAUAGUGGUAGCAUUAAUUACAGUGUGUUCAAGAGUGAAAAAUAGACGCAACCUCUUGUUGCGCAUAGUAAGUUCAGUUUUUAGAUCAAUUGUAUUUGCGCUUCCUCCGCUUCUUUUGUAAGGCUCGCUGGCUCUUGCUGAUCACAUACGUAUUGUCAACUUACACAUAUGCUGUAUGUAGAAGUUAUAGGCUAGCCUAGGUGUGUGCUUCUAAUGAGUACAACCUCAACAGGUACAUGUCCUAGGUUUCUCACAUUA